CAUUAAUUAUGACAGACUAAUUGCAGCAUCAACAGAUAAUACAAAACUUGAAAAAAAAUUAUGUUACUCUGCAAGUUUAGGUGUAAUUCUUGGGUCUACAUUGCCAUUACAAGAAACUUUAGUAUCUUCUUAUAACGAAAUUGAUACUAUUGUAAAAAAGAUUCAAACUAAUAAUACAAUAGCUAAAUAUAUUUAUAUAUACAUUUUACAAGUUUCAGUUUCUAAAGUACCACUAUUUGUACUUGAAAUUAUUCCAAAUAAUAGCAAAAAUAUAUCUGAUGUAUAUGAAAUUCACAAUCAAGUUUUAGAACUUGUCGUUCAUUUUAAAAUUCAUAUAUUAUCAAUUGAAGCUGAUAACGCAUCAGUAGAAAUUAAAGCACAAAAAUGUAUUAUGCAAACUAAUACUGAAACAAAGCUUGAAUUUACUGAUGAAUUAUACAAUGAUGAAAUUAGAAUUCUUAUUAAUGAUGCAUAUAAAGAAGCAAAUGCUUUAGCAAAGUGUAUUUUUAUGGUAGUUACAUUAAAUUCUGAAUUAUUAUUGUCAUCUUUAACUGAUUUCUUAACAAGUGACGAAAUAAUACUACCGAUUGAAGAAAAUUUAACAAAAGAAUUUCAAAAUGGAGAGGAGAUUUUAACAGAAAUUGUUGAAAUAAUAGGAAAUAUUGUAAGUUUAAAUUUACAAAAUAAUAUAAAUGAGGAUUUGAUAUAUGCUUGUGAGUAG